AUAACAUAGGAAAUUCCAAAUAACCUACCACUUAGUUUUAAGUGUUCACGGAGUAGGAGUCAAAUCCAAACCCAUGGAGUUUAAUAUUAACUUUUCUUUUCUUUUUUUUUCAUAUUAGGGUGAAUAGGGAAUAUAUUAAGCAUUAAACACUUGAUGAUAACCAAUGUUAACCCUCUUAGCAGAAUGGCUUUGCCCAAGGUAUUUUAUCUUGGGUGUUUUGUUUUGUUAUUGGUGGUCGUGAUAGAGGCCGCAACUCCUCCAGGAAUCACCAAAAAUCCUUCAAGAGCGUCAUGUAAGAUCAAAAAGUAUAAAAUGUGCUAUAACUUAGAGCAUGUUUGCCCUAAGUUUUGUCCUGAUAGUUGUACAGUUGAAUGCGCUUCAUGUAAGCCCAUUUGUGGUCCAGGAUCAUCGCCUCCUGAGGAUGAGUAUGUCUCUCCUCCGUCUGAUUCAGAUGAAGGUGGUAAGAAAGGAGGUGAUGAUGAUGGUGACAAAGGUGGUGAUGAUAAAAAUGAUAAAGGUGGUAAGAAAGAUGGAGACGAAGAUGAUAAAGGUGGCAAGAAAGACGGAGACAAAGAUGAUAAGAAAGAUGGAGAUAAAGACGAUAAAGGUGGCAAGAAAGAUGGAGACAAAGAUGAUAAAGGCGGUAAGAAAGACGACGAUGAUAAAGGUGGCAAGAAAGACGAUGAGGAUAAAGGUGGUAAGAAAGACGACGAUGAUAAAGGUGGUAAGAAAGACGAUGAUGAUGAUGAUGAUUCAGGAUCACCAUCUUCUCCUCCUAAUUCUUCUGGCGCUGCCUCUAGAAAGAAAGUUCGAUGCAGGAAUAAUUACUAUGGACAGUGUUAUAAUCAAGAGCAUGUCUGUCCGGCUAAUUGUCCUACUUCAUGUCAAGUUGAUUGUGUCACUUGCAAGCCUGUCUGCAGUUGUGACUAUCCGGGAGCAGUAUGUCAAGACCCUCGAUUCAUAGGAGGAGACGGCAUUACCUUCUACUUCCAUGGUAAAAAAGAACAAGACUUUUGCCUCGUAACAGAUCCCAACCUCCACAUCAACGCACACUUCAUAGGAAAAAGAAACAAAAACAUGGGCCGUGACUUCACUUGGGUUCAAUCCACCGGAAUCCUCUUCGACAACCACCGUCUCUUCUUAGGAGCCAAGAAGACCUCCACAUGGGAUGAUGCCAAUGACCGCCUUUCAUUAACUUUCGAUGGAGAGCCAAUUUUCCUAGAGGAAACCCUAGGCUACAAAUGGCAAUCCACAUCUACUCCACAAGUAACCAUUACAAGAGUUGAUAGUAUAACCAACAACGUUGUUAUUGAAGUUGAAGGAAAGUUCAAGAUCACAGCUAAGGUUGUACCUAUUACCGAGCAAGAGUCUAGGGUGCACAACUACGGGAUAACCAACGAGGAUUGCUUCGCGCAUCUUGACCUAGGUUUUAAGUUCUACUCAUUAACUGGCAAAGUUGAUGGUGUGUUGGGAAAAACUUAUAGAAAUAACUAUGUUAGCAAGGUGAAUGUAGGAGCAGCCAUGGCAGUCGUGGGAGGCGAAAGGGAGUAUGUAACUAGUAGCAUUUUCGCUACUGAUUGCUUGGCUUCGAAGUUUAAUGGUGGCCAAGAUGAGGCUUCAUUAGAGGCCUUGGAAGUUGCUAGCAUGAACUGUGCUAGUGGCACAGGGGCUGGGGUAGUUUGCAAAAGAUGAUUACAAGUCAAUAUUAUAUAUAUUUCCAUGCUAUGCAAGAAUCUUUGUACUAAAAAAGAUUUAUUAUUAGAUACCUAAGAUGUUUGUAAUAAAAAUUAUAUGAAGUUGUAAGAUGAUGGAUUACACACUUCAUCUAUUAAA